GGCAUUCGAAUUGGCAUUGGAGAGAGAGAUAGGGAAGGGAGCGCUGCCUUGCCUAUUCCUGGGUUGGCUCAUGGGUGUCAAGGCGUGAAAGUGAAAGUGAAACGGUGAAACAGCCCACGAUUUCCACCACGGACCCCCCUACCUCUCUCCCUCCCUCCCUCCCUCCUUUCUUCCUUCCUUCUUUCCUUUCGUGGUACAGUAUCUUCUUUUUUGGUUUAAUUUAUAUUUAUACAGAAGAAGAUACUUUUUUUUUUUAUAUAGAAUUUAAAUUUUAAAAGUUAUUAGUUUAAAGAUAGAGGCAGAGGAAGAGGAAGAGGCAAAUUUGGUAUCAUAUCCUAUCAUAUAAUUCUCCUCCUCCUCCCUCAUUUUGGUGGUCUGUCUUGAGAUCUGCUACCUAUAUAGCGGAUCUUCCAUUGCUUGCUUUUCUCUCUCUCUCUCUCUGAAUAUAUAUAAAGUAGUAAUUUGGGAGAAAGAGAAAGAGAAGAAAGAAGGGAAAGAAGGGAUAGAUGGAGAGCGAGAAGAAAGUAGCUGCAGUGUCGGAUGUGGGAGCAUGGGCCAUGAACGUCAUAAGUUCCGUCGGAAUUAUCAUGGCCAACAAGCAGCUUAUGUCCGAAAACGGCUAUGCUUUCAGCUUCGCAACAACUUUAACUGGGUUCCACUUCGCCGUUACCGCACUGGUUGGUCUGGUCUCAAAUGCUACCGGUUAUUCUGCAUCAAAGCAUGUUCCUAUGUGGGAGCUUCUCUGGUUCUCAAUUGUUGCCAAUAUGUCUAUUACAGGGAUGAACUUAAGCCUCAUGCUCAACUCUGUCGGAUUCUACCAAAUUUCAAAACUUAGCAUGAUUCCGGUGGUGUGCGUGAUGGAGUGGAUACUUCACAGCAAGCAGUACUCAAAGGAAGUCAAGAUGUCCGUUGUGGUUGUCGUCAUUGGUGUUGGUGUUUGCACGGUCACUGAUGUGAAAGUUAAUGCCAAAGGUUUUAUAUGUGCCUGUGUAGCGGUUGUGUCUACGUCUUUGCAGCAAAUUACAAUAGGUUCCCUGCAGAAGAAGUACUCAAUUGGAUCUUUUGAAUUGCUGAGUAAGACAGCCCCAAUUCAAGCGCUCUCUCUGCUUGUUCUUGGCCCAUUUAUUGAUUAUUACCUUAAUGGAAAAUUUAUAACAAACUACAAGAUGUCUUCUGGUGCCAUUUUAUUUAUUCUUCUUUCGUGCUCCCUAGCAGUAUUCUGUAACGUGAGUCAGUACCUGUGCAUUGGGCGCUUCUCAGCUGUUUCCUUCCAGGUUUUAGGUCACAUGAAAACAGUGUGUGUCCUCACUCUGGGGUGGCUACUGUUUGAUUCAGAGCUGACAUUCAAGAACAUCAUGGGGAUGAUUCUUGCAGUCGUUGGCAUGGUAAUCUAUAGUUGGGCUGUGGAGCUUGAAAAGCAGUCAAAUAUUACCAAGACACUUCCCCAUAUGAAAAACAGCCUGACAGAAGAGGAAAUCAGACUUUUGAAGGAUGGGGUGGAAAAUAUUCCUUUGAAAGAUGUUGAACUUGGUGAGUCUAAAGGAUAGGUUGGCCCAUUUUUGGCCAGCAGAGAGGGGUUGAGGGUGGCCGGCGAUGAAAGGCUUGUUUGUGGCUAGGGAUUACAGGUAUUUUUAUGCGUUUCAAUUCAUUUUAGCCUGUAUUAUUUUUUCUUGUCAUCUGGCAGCAAGACUUGGGAGUUCAUCUGCCGACAAUCAUACACAUCCAUCUUAGGAAUUGCGUUGUGCCUUUAUUUAAUUUUCAUGGUCUUCUAAAUUAUUUCUUUUAUUACUUGUAUGUGCUAAGGUCAGGGGAUUAAAUCAUCAUGGGACAACUGAAAUGUAAACUACAUGUUAAUUGAAAGCGCUUAAUCUAUCUAUUUAUUCAUUAUUAUGUUUCUCUUAA